AUGCGGUCAAAGAAAUACCACACCAUAACGGAGCCUCCACCAAAUUAUGUGAUUCCGGACGUCGCGUCGUCAGCCUCUAACCAAUUGACGUGUUUGGAUUAUUCGCAAAAGCGAAUCAAUGUGUUUGCUUUUUGUUUCAGGAACAAGUUUUUCGUCUUCUCCGCGUUCUAUGAUCGAAGAAAAGGGCAGAAGAUCAUCCGUGUGAUUGGAGCGACAAGAACCAGGGGACCAGAGAAGGUGUGGUGUAGAUUGUGGUACAAAACCAACGAAUUCAAUUCCUCUUCCCAUGUUUCUGUAACGGUAGCUGCCCAAACUAAGGUGAUCCGAGAAAAUUGGAAUCUGAAAUACAGCGCUUGCUUCGUGAUGUGUCUGCUAACGAACAAGACGGUGCCGACAGCUGUGAGUAUCGUAGCCAGGGUUAAGGACCCCCCUUCCAACCUGUUGGCAGUCAUCAAUAACUACAACGAGACCGUGACGACCCCCCAGAACAAGUUCGGAGUCUGUGUCAAGCCUCUUCAUUUCGACUACAAUAGGAGUGACUUCUGA